AGAGGAAGCAUGUGAAAAUAGGUGUAGUCUGAGAAUGGUAUUUCCUCUACUAAUUUUCUUAACGUAUACUCACCUUAUAUUAGACGGAAAUAAUGAGUCAUAAUGCAGAGUUAGCGAUACUUCGAGACCGUCUUUAAAUUGCAGGAUGAGGCUGGGCAGCGUGCGUCACCAUGGACCCGCCACACCACCAGUCCAGUGCUAGCUUCAGCCCACCGCCGCCCAUCUCCCCCACAGCUGAGGCAGCCGACCAAGAUAGCAUUGCACGCCUUCUGGAAGCAGUGCCGCAGCUCGACUCUCUCUUCAACCUGAGCUGCUGCAUUGGCCAUGGCACCUUCAGCUCCGUGUACCUGGCCCGCAUCAAGCACACCACCACCAUCAACGGCCGCAGACACUUUGCCAUCAAGCACAUCAUCCCCACCUCCCAUCCGUCGCGCGUCUGCAUGGAGUUACGAUGCCUUAAGAUGAUUGGGGGUCAAGACAAUGUUAUGGGGGUGACGAUGUGCUUCAGGCAGCUCAACCAUGUGGUGCUGGUCAUGCCUCACUUCCCCCACAACCCCUUCUCUGAGUACGUGGGUGCGCUGGGGACCGAGGAGCUGCGGGAGUACCUGGUCAACCUCCUGUGUGCCCUCCGGCGAGUACACAGCUUCAGGGUCAUACACAGGGACGUCAAGCCGGCCAACUUCUUGUAUAACCGUCGCCACCACAGAUACUCCCUAGUUGACUUCGGGCUGGCUCAGGAAGUGGGUGCUGGCGUGCGAGGCGGCAGCACCACCAGCGGAGUGUCACUGAGUCAAGGGAACGGGCCGAAAACCUCCGUCGCCAUCACUGACACGCCCCUCACCACCUCCUCCUCCAAGACUGUGAAGAGAAAGCUGAGCGUCAACACUACGGAGGACGAGGCUGAGUCAGGAGACCAGCAACACCGAGGCAAGAGGCAGAACGCAGGAACAUCACCAUCUGCAGGGGUGGCGGGCAUACUCUCCAGCACCACCAGUCGCCUUAACACAGCUCUCCGGCGGUCCCCUAGGAAGAAGAGUGUCUCCAAAACGCCGCCCAGGAAGGAGAACUUUGAGGGCCGUGGCUGUGACUUUGUCGGCUUCAAUGGCACCCCUAAGACGGAAAGUAAUCACACUCACGAGGACUCCCCCAGCAAACACACUCGCAGCAACAGCACAGACGGGGGCCGGAAGAUGGAGCCGCUGGGCGUGGGAGCCCAGAGGAGCCUGACGGGGGCCCUGCAGGUACAGCUCAAUGUCACCAGUGAACUGAGGCGGUCCCCGAGGAAGUUUGCCUCCUCCGCCUGCCUCAAGGCCGCCACCGCUGCCGCUGCCGCCACACCCCUGGAGGGCCUGGCCAAGCACCUCCACGAUGCCUCCACACCGAACAAGAAGGGCGAGGGCAGCAGCUCCUUGUCCAGCCGCCCGGCAGCCCCCGCCCACCACAUCACCCCCAAAGUGUCUGGCAUCUCCUUCACCCCAGACCUGAACGGCAUCAACUCCAAGGCCCACAGGAACAACAGAGUCCUGCAGGAGGUACAGACCAGCUCCGGCAGCAUGCUCAGACCCGUGUCCUGCCACUGCUACGGGAGCGCCAAGGUGUGCGCCGUGUGCCUGUCCCGCAGCAACCAGGUGGCGCCCAGGGCCGGCACCCCAGGGUUUAGGGCGCCGGAGGUUCUCUUGCGGCACCCAGACCAGGAUACAGGUGUUGACAUGUGGUCGGUGGGCGUGAUCCUGCUGAGCCUCCUGAGUGGGCGCUACCCGUUCUUUAAGGCGGCUGACGACCUCUCCAACCUGGCCGAGAUCACCACACUCCUCGGCACUGCUUCCGUCAGGCGGGCGGCGGCAAAGAUGGGGAAGCUGUUUAAGUGCAGUGAGGAGCGCCACCCCUUGGACCUGAUGAAGGUGUGUGAGUUCCUCCGCACCAACACAAUGCUCACCCCGCCCCAGGGCCAGCCAUGUCCGGGGUGCCGCCAGUGUGGGGUGUGCGUCUGCCUCACACCUCCGACCUCGGAAUCCCCCAGGGGGCCGCCACUGAAGAAGAGAUCACAGUCGCAGAAGUCGAGCCUCCUUAGAAAAGACAUCACAACACCCACCAGUGCCCCCACCACACCCACCCUGCAGGACACUCCACAGGGUGCCAUAGGGAGUAAUACCCUCACCCUAGACUCAGUUCCUAGUGGUAUACAGACAGAGGGGCGAGAGGAGGCUGCUGGGGCUGGGUUCUGCCUCACCACAUCCUCGUCUUCCCCCGCACCAGCCUCCACGUACCCUCCUGAGGCCUACCACCUUCUCAUGAGGCUUCUCGACCCCUCGCCGGACACAAGAAUCACAGCCACUGACGCCUUGGCCCACCCCUUCCUCAACCCCUGACACAGAUAGAUAGAUAGACACAAGCAGACAGAGAAAUAGACAGACAAGAAGAAACAUUAUCCCCAAACCAGAUAUAUACACAGACAGACAGAUAAAUAAGUAACCACACAGGGAAGAACGCUAACCCCAAGACAGACAUAGAUGGAUAGACAGGUAAAUAUGGAGAUUGUUAAGGAAUUGAAUGGAAAGCAAAAUCAUUGGAAAAAAGGGCAGUAAGAAGAGAGAGCAAGUUCUUGAAGAGGUAAAGCAUAAUGGGUCCGCAAUGUUUACCUUCCGUCAUCUCGCUGCCUUGCCAUGCCUCAAAAAUGCUCACCCAACUUCCCCUCAUCCAAAAGACAUUCACAUAAAGUCCUCACGUAUUUUUGAUUAAUUUAAAGAGGAAAGGUUCUUGUGGGUGUGCUUUCAUAAGAUCACCAUCACCCUCAUUAUCAUCAUCAUCGUCAUCAUCAUUCGAAGUACAAUCCCGGUGUAGCUAGGGAAGAAGAAGGAGGAGGAGGAGGAGGAGGAGGGGGACGGUGGCUUGCUCUUCCUUUUCUUCCCUCAAAUGCCAAAGUGUGAGAGAAGAAACACUGCCACUCAUCGCUCUAGUGUUAAGGGUUAGUUAAGAUAAGGUUUGCCAGUUCCUCCCAUUUUUAUAGACGGAAAGAAGUGUUCCCUCUGUCGUAGUUUUAGGGAAUUAUGAAAAAGUUAACUCCCUGGUUAUGAAUUAUGAAAGUCUUGCUGUUAAUUAUGUUCAUUUUUAGAGAAUUGAAAAGAAGUUAAAGUCCCUGGUUAUAAAUUAUGAAAGUCUUGCUGUUAAUUAUGUUCAUUUUUAGAGAAUUGAAAAGAAGUUAAAGUCCCUGGUUAUGAAUUAUGAAAGUCUUGCUGUUUAUUAUGUUCAUUUUUAGAGAAUUGAAAAGAAGUUAAAGUCCUGGUUAUGAAUUAUGAAAGUCUUGCUGUUUAUUAUGUUCAUUUUUAGAGAAUUGAAAAGAAGUUAAAGUCCCUGGUUAUGAAUUAUGAAAGUCUUGCUGUUUAUUAUGUUCAUUUUUAGAGAAUUGAAAAGAAGUUAAAGUCCCUGGUUAUGAAUUAUGAAAGUCUUGCUGUUUAUUAUGUUCAUUUUUAGAGAAUUGAAAAGAAGUUAAAGUCCCUGGUUAGUAAUUCUGAAAGCCUUGUCGUCUUCUAUUUUCAUUUUUAGAGAACCGAGAAAAAAGUUUAAUUCCCUGGUUGGUAAUUGAAAAGGCCUUGUUGUUUCUUGCUUCCAUCUUCAGAGAAUUGAGAAGUUAAAGUCCCUGGUUAUGUAUUGUGAAAGUCUUAUUGUUUCUUAUGUUCAUCUUAAGAGAACUGAAGAAAAAAGUUUAAGUCCCCGGUUAGUAAUUAUGAAAGCCUUGUUGUUUCUUGCUUCCAUCUUUAGAGAACUGAAGAAAAAAGUCCGUGGUUAAUAGUUUUGAAAGUCUUGCUGUUUAUUAUUUUCAUCUUAAGAGAACUGAAGAAAAAGUUGAAGUCCGUGGUUUGUAAUUAUGAAAUCCUUGUCGUUCAUUUUUCUCAUCUCAUUUCCACUUGAUAUAAUGACCGUUUAAGCUUAAGUAUUUAUUUCAUUUUAUUUUGGGUCUUGGUGGCAGUCUUAGGCAAUACAUUAUUAUAAAUCGGCCUUGAUGUGGGGCUUCUUAUAUUUAUGCUUAGAAUUAAAAAGACAGUGUUAAGGUUAAGUGUCAUUUGUGGUAGUAUUAGAAAGUUAACAUAUUAUUUAUUUGUUUGUUUAGUUAGAUUAGGUUGGUUUCCUUCUUUCAUUCAUGUGCUGUCAAGUUCAUUAUCCUUGGCUUAUAAUUCCUCUUCAAAUCAGUAGUAUAUUUUCAUUAACAUAUAUUAACACUCAGUCAAACAACAUUAUUAUCAGUCAACAGUAUUCCUUUUUCUUUAACAUUAACCCGUCCGCUGCGAUUGGCACGGAUUUGCCCUUCACUGGUAGCCUGGCAACAUGCACUCCCAGGUCUGUCUCUGCCUCUGUGGUGGAUAGUGGGGUGUUUCCCAUGUGGUAUUGGUAUGCUGGAUAUCCCCUUCCAAGGUUUAGGACUUUACAUUUUUCUUCAUUGAAUUGUAGCAGCCACUUUUUGUUCCAUUCCUGUAGCUUGGUGAUGUCUUCUUGUAGGAAACCCGCACUCAUGGGGUUAACCUUCAUGUGUCUUCCUUUUAAUACCAUAACUUGAGUAUGUCUUUGCAUUUAACAGUAGCUUUGGUUUUAUACAAGAUAGUUCUUCAGUUAUUGUAUAGUUCAGUGCAACACAACUGAUUAAUUUAAAAACAAACUUAACAACCACUUCCUCUUUCUUCAUAUUCACUACGGCAGAAAUAUACAAAGUCCUUUAGAUAGGCCAUAGGGUGUGGGGUUUGAACAUCUGUGUAAAUCUAUGUACAUCUGUUAGGGAGCUGAGUGGCCCUUCCUGUGCCUUCAAUAACUCUUCUAUCAUAGCCGAGAUAGUGAUGCUGCUUAGGGAAGUUAGUUGUCAGUGUCUUCUUUAACCCGGUAGCUGCGGGGAUCAUGCUUCUUAAAGGCCCCUCUAAGUGAGAAAAAUGAGAAAAAAUCAUCACUCACGCAAACCAUUUCAUAAUAUAUAUCAACGCAUUUGUGAUCAGUUUAUGCAUCAUCUAUUUUUUGGGGGUUUAUAUCAUGGCAAAAAUUUGGUAAAGCCACAAAUUUGGCCCAUCACUGAUACCAGGUUAACUCUCACUUCUCUGUGUUAAUUUUGACAUCCAGAGUUAAGUUAGUUUCUUUGAUAUUUCAGGCCAAUUAAUCUCUUCCCUUUGAGCUGAGACAGUGAUGCUAAUGAAGGAUGAUAAUAUGUUCUUGUACUCAGUUCAUCUCUUUAUUAAUUUUGACGUCCAGAGCUCAGUUAGUUUCUUCGAUAUUUCAGUAUAAUCAAGUUCUUCCUUCCCUAUACCAAGACUGAUGAUGAUGAAAGAAGUUAUCAUUGUGUUGUAUGACUCUCAAUUCUUCUCUGUAUUAAUUUUGACGUCCAGAGCUCAGUUAGUUUCUUCGAUAUUUCAGUAUAAUUAGUUUCUUCUCUUCCUAUACCAAGACUGAUGUUGCUGAAGAAGUUAUCAUUGUGUUGUAUAACUCUCAAUUCUUCUCUGUAUUAAUUUUGACGUCCAGAGCUCAGUUAGUUUCUUUGGUAUUAAUGUAUAACUUCGUCCCUUCCUAAACCAAGACUGAAGAAGCUGAAGAGGUUAUCAUUGUGUUGUAUUACUCUCAAUUCUUCUCUGUUUUAAUUUUGACCAUGAGUUUAUUAGUUUCCUUAAUAUUUCUGUACAAUUAGUUUCUUCCCUUCCUAUACCAAGACUGAUGUUGCUGAAGAAGUUAUCAUUGUGUUGUAUUACUCUCAAUUCUUCUCUGUUUUAAUUUUGACGUCCAGAGCUCAGUUAGUUUCCUUAACAUUAACAUACAAUCAAAUCCUUUCCUCCCUAAACUAAAACAAUGAUGCUGAUGAAAGAUGUUAAUAUGUUUUUUUUCUGUCUAUAAUUCUUCUCUAUUAAUUUUAAUGUCUGAGUUUAGUUAGUUUUCAUAUCAUUACAGUACAAUUAAUUUAAAAGUUUUCUUUGUGUAUAAGUAUAAGCUGCCUUUGUGGACUGUUUGAUAAGAGUUUUGUAGGUUUAAUAAAACUUAUCAUUCAA